AUGAAGAGAACAGAAAGGACAGGGAGUGUUCAGUUGCGCAAAAACGCAUAUUCUCGUGGUUCCGGAGUGACAGCCACCACCAAACUCAUGAUGGCCACUGUCAUAGUGGUGAGUGUGAUCCUUGGGGCUUGCAUAGUAGCAGCUGCUUAUGCUGCCAGACAGUCCACCUGUCACUGUGGCAACCCUGGUGAAGGGUUGCCAGCUGAGGCUGCAUUUGCCACAUUUGACAGACUCUCAGUGGCCCCAACUGAGCCAAAGAAUGAGGAGAUCCUCAUUGUGGCCAAUGAAGUGCCUGCUGUUUCCACUGAGGAUCCCACCACCACUUCAAGUGGACUGGUUGAGGCUGACAAGGAAAAACAGAAGGAAGAGCCAGUAGCACAAAAGGAAUCCGAUGACAGUUCUGAAGAACCCAAGGGCAACAAGAAGAAGAAGAACAAGUCCAGAAAGAACAAGAAGAACAAGAACAGGCGCAAUAAGAACCGCAGAGGCAACCAUAACAAGCCUUCUGAUGAUGAUGAAGAUAAUGACUCUGAUUCUGGACCAGUCAUCUUCCACCUUGACGACCUUGCCAGGACAAUUUUGGAGCACGAAGAAAGAGCCAUGAUGAACUGCGUGUUGGAGAAGCGCCGCCAGCCGACGUUUUUGCCCUUCGAGGCCCAGAGAUCACUCAAGGUCUUCUGCCGUGGCGGCCGUGAUGAACCUUUCGGUCCAGUGGUCGCCAUUGCUUCCAGAGGUUUGAGCUACAAUUACAAAGCAAAUUUUUCUGGGAAAUUGAGAAAAAAUGUGAAUGGUGAUAUUCUGGGGCUUAAAUGGCUACUCAUACGAUUUGGAAUGAUGCUGAACUUGGAGGCAUGGGUACAUGGUGGACCAGAACUUUCUGGGGAUAGUCUGAGUCUGUCUCUAGUGGACCACAGUAGUGAAGGAACAACCACAACAAUGAAUCCCAUUGCAGAAAAGCUGUUGGACCUCACUCGAUCCAUUAUGCAAGCAUCUAAAACCCAAGCUCCAGUAUCUCAACCAAAGAACAGCAUGUAUGCUAGAACACCCCAUCAGCUCCACCCCAUGGUCACAGGACAGAUUGUACCCCAGCGCAGUCAAAACCUGCUCAGAAAUGCACCGUCUGCAUCAGCUGCCCUCACCAGCAAUGAUGUAAAUCCAGACAAAACCAUGCCGAAAAACGUAGACAUGCAGCACUUGAAGGAAAUUUUCAGGGAAGCCCUCCGGGUUCUCGAAGCACCCGAAACCAAGACCCCGAUUCCCUCAGCAGCCAACACCCCAAGCAACCCAGAAUUGCGCCUCAAACUCAGACUAGUCCCAACCCCUUCCCCUCGGGUUCCUCAUCAUCUUCAUCAUCAUCAACAACACAACCCCAUCCCAAACCAUAAGGGCAAUAACCCCCUUGCUCAAUACACCUUGCGCUACUCUCCAUCACGUGGCUCAGCACGAAACCCACCACCACCGACGGUCAGAACAAUGGUCGUACCCAUCAAGAAGAUCCCGCCUCCGUCGCCGAAACCCUCGCAGAAAAUGGCCUUUACUGUCGUGAUCCCGUCCAAAAUCCACAUUCCAACCACCAGUAAACCGAAGAUACUCAGUCCCAAGGAAACUAAAGCCUCGGGGAAAUUUCUCGCCCUGGUAAAACCCAAACCCCCACCUCCGAAACCCACUCAACCCCGCGCAAAACCCACGACUAACGCAAAAACAACACCUCGAAAGACGCCGAUCGUCACGACAACGACCAUGACUAAAAAGAGAGCCCAGGAGACCCGAAAACCCAGCAGCAUCAGCAUCGUGACAUCGCAAAAAUCCUCGCCGAAAGUUCGAGAAAUGAAAAUAAUAACGACGAGACCGACGGAAAGCACUUUCGAAGAGCUCCUGAACAAGGCAACCCAAGGGGAUUUUCUGGAUCUCACGGACCGAAAACGGCACUUUCUCAAGCCCUCCAUCAGACACACCCUCAUGCCGAUUUCGCCAGAGACUUCUGCCAAAAUGCAAAGAAACAAUAAACCGCAUCAAGCUAAUAAUAAAAAUAAUAACAAUAAGAAACCGCCGUCUUCGGAGUUCCUCGUCCGCGCGGCUUCAAAUCAUCAUCAAUCGUCAUCCGAACCCAGUUCAACCAUCACUCCAUCAACUGAAACCCCGACCACAAUCAGCACCACGAUGCACCCAGUCACGGGUGCCCAUCGUCGUCGACUGGAAUACAAAAGCUUCCCCAUGCAGCCCAUCAUCGGAUCCCACAACCCGAGUCUGGAGUUCUACUUCCAAACCCCGGUCCCGCCUUCGGUAGUCUACACGGUGGGUUCCGGGUCGCGUUACGGGGUUCUGGAUCCCCGGGUCCAGCAGAACGUUGCCCACCCGUUUUUCGGCUCGUCUGCAACCAGUAGCUUUCUACUGCCGGAAUUGACAUUCGAACCAUCCACGAUAACAUCAACGACUGAAUCAACAACAACAAGCACCACAUCCUCAACAUCACCCACAACAACGGAAAGCGCGAAACAACCCGAGAAAACUGGCGAGGAUUCGAUGAACAAUAUCAAGUUCAUGUACCCAUCAAUGACGCCGAUAAUCACGAGGAUUCAUCAACAUCAUCCGCCCGAGGCAGUGAUUAGCAACCUGAUGAUGGAGCACCCGGACAAUUACGCGUACCACAAUAACCCGCCGGCAUCCGUCGCGGAAGAAAUCCUGCCUUCGGGGCAUCAAGAACCCGUCAUCCACAGCGACGUGCCAGGGAUGGAAGAAUAUUCCGACUAUUACGACGGCACGGCGAUGAUGACGACGUCGGCGUCGCCAGUGAACGUCAUUUACCACGCGAAACCCUCGCCUGGGGUCCGGAAGCGAUUCCGCGGAAACCGGAAGAGGGAUCGGAAUUUUUUAAUGCGGAAAUACUGGGGGUCGUCAUCGGCGAAUAACAAGAAUUCCGGGGAUUACCCGCAGCAUCAGCCGGGGUUCUUCGAAACGCGCCAACGCAGGAAGAUCAGUGGUCGGCAUCAAGGAAGGCGCCGGGCAUCGCCGCCACUGAUGAGACCGAUGAUGAGUGGCGGUCAUCGUCGCCAUAGCGGAGUGGAGUUGCCGAAGCCUGAGCACUUGUUGGAGGCGUUGCAGAGGCCGGUGGCGGUGUUGCCGCUGCAGUUCAAGAGGGACGCCACUGCUACGGGCGGCGGCGGCGCUCUGCAGAGACGAGGGUUCCAUCGGAAGGACCUGUAUAAUCGGGCGACGGCGUCGGCGGCGGCGGUGAUGGCGGCGCCGGCGAGGAUCAGGCCGCUGCUGAGGCGGCCGAAUUAUUUCAAGAGGUCCAUGCUGAUGAGCCCGCUCGCGAAGGCUACAAAUAACACGGGGGACGAUGUUAGCUUUAUCCUGCACAAAUGGAUGAUUUGGCGACUGCGAAAAGGCAGCGGAAUCCGUGCAAAAACCCAUUGUUUCGACGACUCUAGUCCGAACAGGGUGCUCAAAAAUAUAGGACUGGACAAUGUGGAAUCCAAAGAAACCACCACCACCGCAUCUUCUCAGCUUGCAGAACACAACAGCAAGGAAUCCCUGAAGGCAUUUCUGACUCAUCAGAUGGGAAAAUAUGCCAAUAAGCAGAACAAGUCGCACAACAAUUUGCCGGAAGACGAAGCUCAUCUGGAGUCCAUGGACGGACUCGGUCAAAUCGUUCCAGACAAUGAGACGAAGGAAAACAACGUGCUGAAGUCAAUCAACUGACCGUGAAUAUUUAACGUCGAUCGAACAAAUUCCUCGUUUCUGUUACUUUCCAUCAAGAAUCAUACGAGAAUUUCUCUAUAUUGCUGGAAUGAACGUGAAUGACUUCAGAAGAGCCUUUGUUUUUAUUUCAUUUUACAAAUUGUGGUUCAGCGUUUUCAGACAUUUUCCGCUCAACGAAUUAAUCCGCGAAAAGUCGCUGCGGUUUCAGCUAACAUUGAAUUCAAUCCGCCAUCUUCUUCAUAUAAUGAAUUUAAAUGAACAAAAAAGAAUCCAAACCAUUACAGAUCGAACUC